GCAGAUUUCGUGACAAUCUCCCCAUCAUCAAGCAACGUUCCCAACAAAUUGCCCCUCGUCACGCCAAUAUUUAGCAAAAGGCUUAACAGUCUGGUACACUGCGGUCUAACAGCCACUGAACACUUCGAGUAGAUAAAAAAAACACUGGGCUUUCGUCCAAAGGAACAUAAUUACCGUGAUAUAAACGUUGAUCAGGAUAGUGAACACCUAGUGCACCACUAGAACAUCCUCGACGAGCAUGGACCUCAAGUGGGUAAUUCCACUAAUCCUGCAAUUUCAGUUUAUCUUUGCUCAGUGGAGAACCACCGACACCGGCCACUACCGGAUCUACCUAGACGACAACCAGAGCUUAGCCAUUCCCAAACGCCUCCCCGAAGUGAAGAUACUCCAUCCUCUAACGUACGGCGACAAGUUCUACGGGCAGCUGCCGAAGAUAAACAAGAAACCCCCGAAAUACGUCAAGCUGAAGCCCAUUGACCUGGCGGAUGUCGGGAAAAGAUGCUGCGGGACCAAGUGGGCGUUGGGCGAUACGGAAGUUGCCCUCGAGGAACUCAUAAGACCCGUCUCGUUGUCGGCGUACCGGCCACCACAAGCCCGAAUCCACGAAUACCAAAACUUCGACGACGUCAAACCGGUUACCGAGAUCAUCGAGGACGACAUCAAAUACGAUUUUCGAACGAAGACGCACUCGCUGCGGUAGAGGGCCGCUUGUUAAAACGCCUCUGCUUAGUGGUGUGGUGGUUUUGUCACGGAAUAAUACAAAAGUCUAAUCGUGAAAUAAUCCUUUGUUCAGCCAAAUCCUGUUACCCUUGAACCAAUAUAUUUGGCUGUGCCCAAAGCGCGAAACUGAAUUGGAAGACCGCUCCAGACAAUUGCAAUAUAUUUCCCAAAAUUAAAAGUAUUUAAUGAAGUAAUUAAUUGGAAAAUAAAAUUGUAUGGUCAAUUCCGUGAUUUUUGCAGUUUAUACAAAAAAGUAAAAUAAACAACGGUUUCUGAAUUAUCUGUUAAACUAAAGAAAAAGAGAAUAUUUCAAUUUCGCUUCUGUAUUAUUCUGUUAUCCUGUUGAAGGAGCCAGCUGUCAGUAAUAUUUUGAUCUCAGUUUAUAAAGGGGCAGUUUCCUUCAAACACAAAGAAAAUCGAAAUGUUUGUUUCUUAACAAUACAGGGUGUAAGCAGUUUGACUGCCAUUACUUCAUCUUGAGAUAGAGUAAUCAUAA